AUGCGAAUACACGUGCACGAUACCAUAAAACUGUACAAAUGGCAUAGACGUGCGCUCGUUCCAUACCUGCACACCGUAUUUGGAUCGAAAGAGACCGUGGUAAAGGUGUAUCGGAUUUGUGUCAGCGGCAGAAUCACGUUCUGUGCGCUGCUCAGUGCUAUUUGUGUGAUGAAGAAGGUUGUUCGGUACAACGAGAUGAAGAUUGAGGAGUUGAACGGCAAGAGUGCGGACGAGAUGGGAUGUAAAGGCCGUGUACAACAUAGUAACAUGCGGAACGAACGUGCCAAUAAUGUGGGAUACGACGCAAAAAUAUGCCGGUUAAACGGACCGCUGAAAAAGCUGUCCUCGUCUUUGAAGGAUGAUUAUCUGCUGUUUGCCGCGUCACUUAUCAUCACAACCAAGAUUCUGUUUGACUAUGUGUACGCCACCACUGACUGGUCCAAGUUGACCAAAUUAACGGUGAAGCAGCUCAACGAGGUGGAGCGAUACGUGCUGUUCCUUCUUGAUUACAAGGUAGAAUUGAACAACGGAGAUGUUGAGGUUGCUAUGCGUAUGUUUGAGAGGAAAGGUGAGUGUAAGGUCGUUUUGGGAAAGAAAAGUGGAUUGAGAGGUGUUGUGGAAUGGAUGGUUAGCCUUUUUGGAUGCGAGGAUGGCUGACGCAGCUCAGAAUACCAAAGACAUUUAUUUACUGCCUGCAC